GAAUAAAACAAAUCUUCAUCUUUUCAAAGACAAAAUUAUAAAGUCUUUGUCAAGCAAGAUUCCUACUAUUAUAAAGUUAUUUUUUGUAAAGUUUGCAUAAUUUAACUAUUAUAAUCUUGUUGAAAUGUUCCCAUUACUCAAACCUCCCUCAGUUCCGCAGUUAGCGAGCCGUGUUAGAAAGCAGAUUAGAGCUUACGACAUUUUUCAUUUCAGUCUUAGAUACGCAAGUACGCGGAACCCUCCCCCACCAGAACCAGCUGGGUCGGGUGUUCCUUGCAAACAAUUCACAACGAUUGGAAAGAUAUUCAAGUCUAAUUCGCACAAAAGUCUCGGGUACGGCGAAAAAAUAAGCGUUGUCGGUUUAGACGAUAUUGGUACUGCGAUUGUUUAUACUCUACUGGCUAAGGGAAUCACAAAUAACAUUUGUAUGAUUGAUGUGAACGAAGAAAUACUGGAGGGUGAACACUUAGAUCUUCAGUCUGGCGCUAUGUUCCUCAAUAAUCCAAAGAUAAUUUCCAGCAAAGAUCCUGCGGACACUCGCGAUUCCAAAAUAUGUAUCGUCACCACGGGGACUUAUAAAGGUCGAGACGAGAAUGACUCGGAAUACGUCGCCAGAAAUGCGGGCAUCAUUAGAGCUAUCGUUGCGCCUCUGGCUAAAUAUAAUCCCAAUGCAGUCUUCGUAAUAGCAAGUGAACCAGUCGACAUUCUUAGCUACGUCGCUUGGAAACUGAUUGGUAUACCGAAGAAUCGAAUUAUCGGCACCGGCACCUUGAUGGACACGGCACGGUUCCGAUUCCUGUUGGGCGACAAAUUCGGCGUCACACCAGAGUCUUGCCACGGGUACAUAAUCGGGCAGCAUGGACCACAAUUUAGCGUUCCUGUAUGGUCCAGUGUGAACAUAGGUGGUGUACUUCUUAAAGACUUGAAUCCUCAAAUUGGUACGGAUAAGGAUCCUGAAUGUUGGUUCGAGCUGUAUGAAGAUGCAGUCAAAGCUGAAGGUCUGGUACGUCAGCUCAAGGGCUGCGUCUCAUGGUCUUUGGCUCUUGGUGUGGCAGAUAUAUGCAAAUGUAUACUUAUUAAUGCUAACAAAGUGCUUCCAGUGUCCACUUAUGUCAAGGGCGAACACGCGAUAAAAGAUGAAGUUUUCCUCUCCCUGCCUUGCGUGAUAGGCUGGAAUGGAGUCUCGGACAUCAUCAGACAAAAUCUUAGUGAGGAUGAAGCAGUAGUGCUGCGUCGUGGUGCGGAAAAUACUGCCGACCUUCAAUCAGCGGCUAACAAAAUUAUAUCAUAAUUAAUAAUGUCGCGAGCUUCUUUCAUUGAGUUAUGGGACAGUCGAGUUGCAUUAAGACUUUGACAUCAGUAACAGGUAAAAUUUCAUAGCCAUACCAAGCUUUGUGGUUGUAUACGUACUGGUAGCAGGUAACAUUGGCAGUAUGGGCAACAAAUGACUUAAUAUUAGUAGGUAACUUACUGUACGUUUUU